CCCAAUUUUACAAUGUGGCUCCCGCUUUCGAGUGCAACUUUGUUUUGCCUUUAAAAAAUUUUCCAAUGAAGGCAGGGUCCUUCUAAACCAUAUAACAAAAAAUUUGAAGGGGGGUUAGGGGGUUUUUGGACAGUUUCUUCUUAGAGAACACUCACGCUUAUCUCUUUUGGAACACACAGUUUCAACGGAUCAGACAUUUCGGGCUCUGUCAGGUCUAGACCGUAAUUUGAUUCAGGUUCAAGCUCGAUUGGAUUUGGAAAAUCUAUAGAGAACGUGAUUGUAACUUUUUAAUGUAUAAAUUAAAGACAUAAUCUUCCAUACACCCUCAUCUAUCAAAUGGAUAAACAAUACUAAUUAUUUUUUCAAAAAUAUUAUUUAUUUAUAUAUAUAAAUUCUAAAUAUAAAUGUCACCAAAAAAUGCAUUAAAUUUCUUAUAGCUUAAAUUAUUAUAUACGAUUUUAACAUUCUUACUCAAAUAAUUUAUAAGUUCUUGAGUUUCUUUUUUUAAUAUAAGCUACCCAAAGUACCUGCAUUAUUUAAAAUGUCUAAAUUAAGAAUAACACAUUCAUUUAAUUUUACUUUAGCAGGCAAUUUAUCUUUCAUAAAUAAACCUUUAAAAUAAGAUAUUUUAAGCUUUUGUGCAUAUUUUACCAAUUCAAAAUGGAAUAAGGCUCUAUUGGGUAGCUUUAUUGGUAUUUUUUUUUAAAAAGCCUCCCUUGGCGUGUUUUCUUAAGUAAAGCCUGGAUCCUUGGCUGCCUAUUUCGUCCAUGAUUUGGUUAUGUAAUUUUUUUCUUCCAGUUUCUUUUUAGCAUUUCUUGUACUCGUAACAGUUUUAGCUACAGCGCUUGCGCCGCCCGCAAGCGAACCAAAAAGCCCUUAAGCCGGAUUUAUAGUUCUAAAACGUAGCCGUAGUCGUUGCAGUUGCAGUUGCCCUAUAGGGGCAAAACCAGUCUGUGAUUGGCUGGAGGAUGUUUGCAGUAGCAUCCAAGGUCGUUGUCGUAAAUUGUCGUAAGAGACGACCAACUUUUAUCUUUUCUUGCGGCAACGACUACUACAGCCAAUCAAAUUGCAGGUAUUGCAGAGAUUUGUAAUAACUUAAAGUUGGCAACAUAAGUUGGUACGUGUUUGUUCUGUGAGCGUCAUUUUGUGGCAAAAGAAUUUAUUGUGCGUUUGAUUUUGAAAAUAAAUAAUAUUUAUAAACUUUUUCUCCGCGGAACGAACGUUUAGUUAAGUUUUGACAAUGGAUAUUGCAUUAUUUAUAAUUAUGAUUCAAUCGUUUCCGCAUUUAUGGGACUUGAAAAAUAAAGAUUAUAAAAAUGCGGAAAUGAAGGAGCAGAGUUGGCUGCAGAUGGCAUGGGCCAUGGAGUCCAAUGUUUCUGAUUGCAAAAAGCUAUGGAAAAGUCUGAGGGACCGCUACUCUAGAGAGAGUCGAAUGCUACCUUCAGGCUCCGGCAGUGGUACAUAUAGAUGGGAGUUUUUUCAAGCCAUGUCUUUUUAUAAUAAGUGCUUAGUUCGCAGAAAGAGAGUUACAACCACACAAAGAGUGCCUGCAGAGGUGGCACCAUCGACUUCAUCUAAGGACACCAUUGAAGCAAACCCCUGGAGCUCUCUGGAGCAUUUAAUGCCCACUGAGUCCAUGCAGGAGUACGAGGAAGAAGGCAAUGAAGAGGCAGAGUCACAGGCAGAGUCGCAGGCAGAGUUGCAUGAUACCCCUGACCUGGUGUCUCCAACACAUCAUCUCGGUCCAUGUCGGCAACUGCUUCAACCCGGCCGACCUCCAGGGCAGAAACCCCUAUCAGAGGACAUAAACGCAAGGGUCCAGAUAUCAAGGACUUACUGGAUAUAGCUCGAGGGAUUUCUACAGGGAUUCAAAACAUGAGACGUCCUGAGGAAACAGUUGGGAUUAAUGAUCAUGCUGUGGGCUAUAUAAAGUUAGUUCUUGACUCUUUAGAACCAAGUCGUGCUUUUAAAUUACGAAGGGCAUUACUACAGCUGACCCAAGAUGCAGAAGAAGAGGAUCUUCUCCAAAAAAGAAAAAAAAAUAUAGUAUAAUUUUAAAAUACAUUUAAUUUUGUUUUAAUACUCCAUCCUCGCAAUAUCACAAUAGUUAAAGGAGGUCAUACUAAUUAAUUGGCAGUUAAAUUUCACCUUAAGUCACGCUAUAGGGGGAGGGUGGUCAGACAAUUUGUGA